AUGGAGCCUACCGCUCCCAGCAUCAGAGACGCAUCAGCAGCCGCCACCACGAUGACUUCACCUGCAGUGACUGCGAGCUUCGACAUUGCGGAGAUCCUGGAGGAAAUCCUCACCUACUUAUCGACAAAGGAGCUGCUGAGCGCUCAGGCUGUGUCCAAGCAGUGGAAGGAGGCCAUAUUGGCAUCUACAAAGCUUCAGAGGACGCUGUUUCUCGCCCCCGAAAAUCCCAUCAAGACAUCUCGCCGUCCAUAUGCCACCUUUCACGGCGGCUGGAACAUUGUUCCCAAUGGGGAGACCUUAGAAGGAGCAAAAAUGAAGAAGGACGUCAACGCCGUGAUCUUGUCCAAAUCCGAUCCACCAGUGGAUGGCACGCAUGACGACCAGAACGGCCUAUACGCCGCUUUUGGUGUUUCCUACCCCGAUGCCUACCCCAGAUAUCCACAUGGAAGCUGGAAAGACAUGUUUUUGUCUCAGCCACCGUGCACCAGAGUAGGAGUUUGUGUAGGGGUCCCUGUCCUGACGCGCCCCGGCUAUGAGUAUGUCUGGCCAGUCGAAAACCCUUACGGUGUCCGCUUCGGUGAGAUCAUCGCGCGGGUAUGCGAAGAACUGCACGGUUCGGACGAGCCAUGCAAGUCGUGCCUUAGACAGCAUUGGGCUAACAUGACGGUUGUGCUCGGCGAGGGCGUGGACACACCCUACUAG